UCCUUUCCGUCCCGGAGCUCGAGUAAAAUCUAGUCUUUAAACCGAUCUGUGGCAAUCCUUGGAAGCACGUAAAGAUGCCCAGGGAAGACAGAGCUACGUGGAAGUCCAACUAUUUUUUGAAAAUUAUUCAACUGUUGGAUGACUAUCCAAAGUGCUUCAUUGUUGGUGCAGACAAUGUUGGAUCCAAACAAAUGCAACAUAUCCGGAUGUCAUUGCGUGGGAAGGCCGUUGUACUGAUGGGCAAGAAUACCAUGAUGCGCAAAGCUAUCCGAGGUCAUCUGGAGAACAAUCCUGCUCUGGAAAAGCUUCUCCCACAUAUCCGUGGAAAUGUUGGCUUUGUAUUCACCAAGGAGGAUUUGUGUGAAGUCCGUGACCUGCUGCUGUCCAACAAGGUGCCAGCUGCUGCACGUGCUGGUGCGAUUGCCCCCUGUGAGGUUACUGUGCCGGGUCAAAACACAGGUUUAGGUCCCGAGAAGACCUCAUUCUUCCAGGCUUUGGGCAUCACUACCAAGAUCUCCAGAGGUACCAUUGAAAUUUUGAGUGAUGUACAACUCAUCAAGGUUGGUGACAAGGUGGGAGCCAGUGAAGCCACACUGCUGAACAUGUUGAACAUCUCUCCCUUCUCCUACGGCUUGGUGAUCAUGCAAGUUUAUGACAAUGGCAGUGUGUACAACCCUGAGGUCCUGGAUAUCACUGAAGAAACUCUGCAUAAAUGUUUCCUGAACGGCGUUCGCAACGUGGCCAGUGUGUGCUUAGAGAUUGGUUAUCCAACCAUUGCCUCCAUACCACACUCUAUCAUCAACGGCUACAAGAGGGUGCUGUCUAUUGCUGUGGAGACAGACUACUCCUUUCCAUUAGCUGAAAAGGUGAAGGCUUACCUGGCUGAUCCCUCCGCCUUUGUGGCCCCUGUGGUUGAGGAUGCUCCAGCUGCAGCCAAAGAGGAAGCGAAGGAGGUGAAGAAAGAAGAGUCUGAGGAAUCGGAUGAUGAUAUGGGCUUUGGUUUGUUUGAUUAAAACCCAGCUGCUCUUACUAAAUGCAUCUUUGCAAAAUAAAGGAAAUUGUUAUUAGAAAA